GGCAUUCCUCUCUGCUCCCACCUCUCCCUUGUCCUCAGGCUGAAAGCCGCGGCCUCGUGACCUGUGUGCUGCAGCGGGUCAGGACGAGUCCUCCUGGGCCGUCUUGGGUCUUGACAUCUCAGCAGGGCCAUGGCGACCCCAGAUGUGAGCGUCCACAUGGAGGAGGUUGUGGUUGUGACGACUCCAGACACCGCAGUCGACGGCAAUGGUGUGGAAGAGGUGAAGACCGUGUUGGUGACAACCAACCUGGCCCCUCAUGGUGAAGAUGGCUGAAGAGGGGGAGCACCUGGAGGCGGAGGUCGUGUACCCCAUCACCUGCGGGGACAGCAGGGCCAACCUGAUCUGGAGGAAGUUCGUGUGCCCUGGCAUCAACGUGAAGUGUGUCCAGUAUGACGAGCAUGUGAUCAGCCCGAAGGAGUUCGUGCACCUGGCGGGGAAGUCCACGCUGAAGGACUGGAAGAGGGCCAUCCGCAUGAACGGCAUCAUGCUCAGGAAGAUCAUGGACUCAGGGGAGCUGGACUUCUACCAGCACGACAAGGUCUGUUCUAACACCUGCCGCAGCACCAAGAUCGACCUCUCGGGGGCCCGCGUGGCCCUGAGCAGCCCGGCCUCAGCCGAGUACAUCCCCCUCACGCCCGCCACGGCUGACGUGAACGGGUCUCCCGCAACCAUCACCAUAGAGACCUGCGAAGACCCCGGUGACUGGACCGUGGCCAUCGGAGAUGACGCGUUUUCCUUCUGGCGGGGGCUGAGGGAUGCCGGGCUGCUGGAUGAGGUCAUCCGGGAGUUCCACCAGGAGCUGGUGGAGACCAUGCGCGGCCUGCAGCAGCGGGCCCGCGACCCGCCCCUGCAGCUCCGAGAUGCCGUGCUCCUCAACAACAUCGUGCAGAGCUUCGGCAUGCUGGACCUGGUGAAGAAGGUGCUGGCUGGCCACAAGUGCCAGGUGGACCGCUCUCGGGAGCAGUACGCCCGGGACCUGGCAGCCCUGGAGCAGCAGUGUGACUAGCACCGGCGGCGCGCCACGGAGCUCAAGCACAAGUCGCAGCACCUCAGCAACGUGCUCAUGACGCUGGCGCCCGUCUCCCUGCCGCCCCCCGCAAAGCGGCCCCGGCUCGCGAGG